UUUUUUUUUAACAUUUUUCCUGACUUUCCGCUGAUUUCCUUUUUAUUGUUGUUACUAGUUACUAUUAUUUAUUAUUAUUAUACUUAUGAUGGUGAUGAUGGUGAUGAUAAUGACUGAUGAUUUUUAACCCGAUUAAAAUCCAGUUUUUCUGAAUGUUCAUAAGAAUUUCUCCAGCCUCCUAAAUGACUUUGGAGUUUUGCAUCUUGGGAGAGAAAGUGACGGCAUUAGCAUUUUUAAGUGGAUUGAUCACAUAAACCUUUUCUCUCCCAACCCCACCCUUGCCCUCAUCCCCUUCCUCACGCUCGAAAGAAUUUUACUGGCUGUUUAAGUCUGUGAUCUUAUUUUUCCUGAUCUUUAACUUAACUGUUUUAGAGCAUCUCUGGACGUCUGUAUUUUUAAUUUUUUUAUUUUUGUUUUUUUAUUUUUAAUCUUUCAUUUGUUAAAUUUUUAAACUGUGCUUCAAUAAAAUGUGUGUGGUACUACUUAACACCUAUGAAGGUGAUGGCAUUUUCCCAGAAAGCCAUCUUCCUCCUGUUUCCCUUGAAAUCCCAUCCUGAUUUUCCUGUACACUACUACCCCUUCACAAACCACAAGCUGCAGCAACAUGGAUGCCCAGCCUGGAGCAGCAGCAGCCAGGAUGACCUGGAGCCAGGGGGGCCUUCGGAACAGAUGCACACCCUUCCUGGGUGAUGUUUCAGCUUUGUGAGGAACCUUAUCAUCAAAGACAAUGGCCAGCAAUGUUACCAACAAGACAGAUCCUCGCUCCAUGAACUCCCGUGUAUUCAUUGGGAAUCUCAAUACUCUUGUGGUCAAAAAAUCUGAUGUGGAGGCUAUCUUCUCAAAAUAUGGCAAAAUUGUGGGUUGCUCCGUUCAUAAGGGCUUUGCCUUUGUUCAGUAUGUUAAUGAGAGAAAUGCCCGGGCUGCGGUGGCCGGAGAGGAUGGCAGAAUGAUUGCUGGACAGGUUUUAGAUAUUAAUCUGGCUGCAGAGCCAAAAGUGAACCGAGGAAAAGCAGGUGUGAAACGAUCUGCAGCGGAGAUGUACGGGUCAGUACCAGAACACCCUUCUCCGUCCCCUCUACUCAGCUCCUCUUUUGACUUGGACUAUGACUUUCAGCGGGAUUAUUAUGACAGGCAUUCUGUUUUCUUCUUAUCCAAUAGGAUGUACAGUUACCCAGCACGUGUUCCUCCUCCUCCUCCUAUUGCUCGGGCUGUAGUGCCCUCGAAACGCCAGCGUGUAUCAGGAAACACCUCACGAAGAGGCAAAAGUGGCUUCAAUUCUAAGAGUGGACAGCGAGGAUCUUCUUCCAAGUCUGGAAAAUUGAAAGGAGAUGAUCUUCAGGCCAUUAAGAAGGAAUUGACCCAGAUAAAACAAAAAGUGGAUUCUCUACUGGAAAGCCUGGAAAAAAUUGAAAAGGAACAGAGCAAACAAGGAGUAGAGAUGAAGAAUGAUAAGUCAGAAGAGGAGCAGAGCAGCAGCUCCCUGAAGAAAGAUGAGACUAAUGUGAAGAUGGAGUCUGAGGGGGGUGCAGAUGACUCUGCUGAGGAGGGGGACCUACUGGAUGAUGAUGAUAAUGAAGAUCGGGGGGAUGACCAGCUGGAGUUGAUCAAGGAUGAUGAAAAAGAGGCUGAGGAAGGAGAGGAUGACAGAGACAGCGCCAAUGGCGAGGAUGACUCUUAAGCACAUAGUGGGGUUUAGAAAUCUUGUCCCAUUAUUUCUUUACCUAGGCGCUUGUCUAAGAUCAAAAUUUUCACCAGAUCCUCUCCCCUAGUAUCUUCAGCACAUGCUCACUGUUCUCCCCAUCCUUGUUCCUCCCAUGUUCAUUAAUUCAUAUUGCCCUGCGCCUAGUCCCAUUUUCACUUCCUUUGACGCUCCUAGUAGUUAAGUCUUACCCUGUAAUUUUCGCUUUUAAUUUUGAUACCUCUUUACGACUUAACAAUAAAAAGGAUGUAUGGUUUUUAUCAACUGUCUCCAAAAUAAUCUCUUGUUAUGCAGGGAGUACAGUUCUUUUCAUUCAUGUAUGAGUUCAGUAGUUGCUUCCCUAACUGCAAAGGCAAUCUCAUUAGUUGAGUAGCACCUUGAGAGCAGCUUUGAGUUAGAGGUGUAUGUGUUAACCCCAUGUAUGUAGCAUACAUGGGGCUCUUCAACACAAAUGUAACGAUGUAUUUUUGUGAAUGAGAGUUGGCAUGUCAAAUGCAUCCUCUAGGAAAAUAAUUAGUGUAAUAGUCUUAAGAUUUGUUUUCUAAAGUUGAUACUGUGGGUUAUUUUUGUGAACAGCCUGAUGUUUGGGACCUUUUUUCUCACAAUAAACACAUCCUUAUUAAACCAGGAAUUUGGAGAGAAAAACCCUGGUUUUUUUAUUUUUGUAUUUUAUAAUUGUUUAUUUCAAAUUCUUUUGUUUCACUGUGGCCUCCACAAAACCCCUAGAAUGUAUAUUUUUCUUUGAGUCUUAGUCACUAUUAUGCAUACCAAUACACACUGCUCAAAUUAUACUUCAUUGGGGCGGGUGUUCUUAUUAAGGAGACAAGGAACUUUGGUGUGGAGUGGAGAGUGUUGCAAAAUUGCUUUUGUGUCCUAAUGAAAAAAGUUGGGAAAUACAUUAAGCCUUUUCAUCAAUGCUUUGUGGUCUAGUUGGUGCCCUUUUUGAGAUUUUUGUUGUGCUAAAUUGUUUCAUCCUUAAACAGAUGAGGUUCGAACAUGUUAAGAUUUUAGGGAAAUUGAAAUAACUGAAGAAUAAAACUUAUUUUCUUCCA